UUAUAUACUGAUAUUUUUACAAGUUACCAAUCAUCAAUUCUUCCGAAUUCUGAUUUUUCAGCACCAUUACAAAUAACACUGCAACCCUAUUUGAUGACCAUUACUCAAUUUCAGGAAGUGGAAGAAACUCUGGACGUGGCUUUAGGACUAAUAUCGACCUGGGUUGAUGAUGGAUUGUCGUGGACUCCGUCAUCAUAUGGUAAUGCGGAAUAUAUUAUAGUGCCUCACACAGAUGUGUGGACUCCAAAGUUUGUUCUUGUAAAUUCCGUUGAAACAUAUGAACCUUUAGCAGGAGAUAAUGAUAUUUUUGCAACGAUUUAUCAUAAUGGAACUAUGUCAAUAGCUUAUGGCGAUGUUUUGUCAUCGAAAUGUACAGCCAAUAUAUACAAGUUUCCAUUUGAUACUCAAACAUGUGAUCUGCAAUUUGCCGUCUGGGGAAUUACAUCAAAUGAUAUAACUUUAAUAGCAAACCCUAUUAGCUUAGCGUUCUACAAUGAAAAUUCAAAUUGGGAACUAGAUUCCUAUAGUUCAAAAUCUACGGUUAUGAACGGAUACUCUAUGCUAAUACUUACAAUGACGAUAAAGCGUGUGCCGUUGUACUACGUCAUAAUGGUAGCUUUGCCAACAAAUUUGUUCUUUGUAUUGAAUCCGCUCGUGUUUCUACUUCCGGUUGAAUCUGGUGAACGCUUAGGACUUGCGAUGACAAUAUUAUUAUCGUAUGCUAUAUUCCUGACAAUGGUCCAAACGUCCAUACCAGCAUCUUCUAAUCCAAUGAGUGUUUUACUGAUUAUAAUGAUAGUGACUAUUGUAAUAAGCGGUAUCACUGCUGCUGUAACUAUUUUCAUAGCGGCACUUUACCAAAGAGAACCACACGUUGAAAUGAACUCUUUUUGGGAGUUCAUCGGAACAAGGUUACCAUGGAGUAGACGACAUACACAUGUACAGCCGUUGGUGAACAAUGAUGGAAAGGGGGAUAUGAUUUCUUCACCGCUAGAGACAAGCAUAACCUGGCAAGAAGUUUGUCAUGCUCUAGAUACACUUAUGAUGGUCAUACUAUAUGCCAACAUUUUCAUUAUUAAUUGUGCAUUUAUGAUAGCUGUAUCUUAGUGAUAUGAAACAUACGAAUAAAUAAUGUGAUGUGUAUUAUCAGAUCAGUUUCACUGCUAACGUAUGUUAUCAGUUUAGUUGUGAAUAUGUUUGUAUCUUUAUAAACAAAAGUUUUAUUUUUAUUUUGGUAUUUUGGUAUUACAUGUAAUCUAAACAGUUGAAUGCUGUGUUUUUUACUGUCAGCGAUAGUUCAUGAUAUACAUGUAGUAUGUUCUGAUUAAUUAUAAAGCGUUUCGUACUAAACGAAAGCACACUACCAAGGAAUGUGACAUCGUGAAAAGUCAAAUUAUGUAUAAUUUAUUAAUUUAUUAAAAACGGUUUGUCUUUAACAAAAAAUGCUAAGAUUCUUUAAGUUGUUUUAUCUUAUGUAAAAGAAUAAUACAAAAUGGACAAAAUUACAAAGAUACAGAGGUGGUAGCAAUCUUUACAGUCCAAUUCCCCGUUCUAAUUUUAAUAUACUGUGGUAAAAUUCUCAAUUGUUAAAACGCUCGUCGAAGGUAUACACUUUAAUUCUUCUAUUUGAAUUAAUCACAUGCUUUAAAUGAAUUAAAUCGAUAUCAAUAUACAAAUGGUAAUUCGGACUAUCGUUAAAUCCUUUAUUCAUUACUUAUGAUUUUUAUUAAUAUCAAAGAUUUUAUUAAUAUCAAAGAGAUAUAAUGGAAAGAAAUAUAAUACAUAACCAAAAAAUAGAUGACCUUUGUUCUAUUUGGCAAAUUCAUUCGAAAUUUUGGGGUCUUCAAUUCGUUCUUUAUUUGACUUUUUUAACUUUUUUAUUCGAGCUUCAUUGAUUAGUCUUUUGUAAACGACACGCGCGUCCUGCGUACAAAAUUUGAAGCCUGGUAUCUAUGAUGAGUUAAUCAUACCCAAAAGAUUUCUACCAAUAUUAUGGUAAUGGAAACCUAUGCGAUGAAAAAAAUAUACUAAGUUAAACAUUAAAACUUAUAUUACAAAUCUA